AUGUUUACAACUGCUAACGUUGUCAUUCUUCUUGAUUAUUUGUUAACAUCACAAUCUGAUUUGACAUCUGAGCUAAAUUGUGAUGUUAGCUUAGAUGAUGAAUCAAAUUAUGAUGUUGGCCCAGAUUACAAAACUGAAGUCGAUGAUACACAACUUGAACCAGGAAUUGCUACCGAUAAUAUUGCUGUAAUUGAACAGCACGAUAACAAAUUUUUUUCACUAUCAUCAUUUUUAUCUACAAUCAACACCAAUAUGCUUCAAUUUAUCAAAUCAAUUCAAUCAUUCAAACUAUCGUCAUCUGAUAACACUGAAAAAAUUGAAGCGAUCAAAUCACCAUUGUUGUCUGAAAAUACUGAAAACUUGAGUGAAAAAAUUAAAGCAAUCAAAUCAUCGUCGUCGUCCGACAACACUGAAGAACUCAAAACAAUCGAAUCAUCAUACUUGUCCAAUGAGAAUGAGUGUAAUGGCAAUGACUAUUCUUCAUCAUGCCAAUCAUUAUUGUCAGCAAUUGAUACUGACAUACUUCAAGUGAUUGUAUUAUUGUCACUAAAAAAUAUUGAAGAAUUCAAAGCAUCUUACUCGAAGAAAGAUUUAAAUUGCUCAAGUAUUGAUUUUAGUUCAAAUGAAAAAGAAUGCUUGUCCAAUGAGAAUGGCAACAGCAAUGACAAUUCUUCAGUAAUUGAAUUGCCACAAUCACAUUGUUAUCAGCAAUCAACACUGACGCACUUAAAGUCAUUGAAUCAUUAUCUUUAA